AUGUCUGUGUCAUCACCCGACUCGGAGGCGCUGCAGUCGCCGCCGUUCAUUAGCAUGUCUUCGGCCAGCCCAGAACGCUCUAGUUUUCAAUCCAAUUCUCUCCAUCCCGACUCCAUUCAAAGGGUUUCAGCGGCCAUGCAUUUAAUGAGCCCCAGCGAUAUUGUCGGCCCAUCCCCCGUCACGUCGAACGGCACCGAGACAACCGAGAUCGAAGAUGAGGAGUUCGACGAGGCUCAACACCAGUCCAUGGCCAAUAGAACCUCCCAACCACAGACCUCCAGCGAGCCAGUCGCAAGAUCAGAACAAACAAGUACGAGGUCCUCUCCAAGAGCCGAUACCGCGAGUCAGCAGACAGUGACGGAUAAUCAAUUGAAGUCCCCUACUCAACCCCAUCCUCCUCCCCUAUCGACAGACGUCACCGCCGUCAGAUACAGUAUAGACAGUGCUACGCCCAGAGCACAGGAUCUGGAAGACAUGCUGAGCGAAUCAUCACGCGUCAGGUCCAGCAGCACCAGCAGCCUCGAGAAAAUCGACGAGAUCCGAGAAGCCGAGACGGACACGGAAAACUACGAAGAGGAAGUCUUUGCGACACCCGGCCUUCCCCGAGAGGAGACGGAGAUCAAAGCUCUUCGGACAGCGCUCCAGGAGUGCUGGACGCUUUGCAACACAUUGGCAAGCCUCAGCUCAUUUCAUCGGAGCCGAGUCUUUCACAACUCGGGGACACCCGAUGCUCAUGAAAAGGCAUGGAUGGCCUGCUGGAAAUUGUGCCAACGCUUAUACGACAACCGAGACCAGGAUAAUGUUUCAUUCAGUGUCCGCGAGAGCCUGGAUCUAUGCAGGGACUUUUGCCAGUCCUUGUUUGAUGUCAGGCAUAGGAAAGACGAGGUUGCUGACUCUAUUCUUCGGGUAAAUUUUGAGCUCAGCAAUCACCUCUACAGCGCCCAAGACUUCCGGAACAUUCCCGCGCCAUUCCAGGAGAGGACACUGGAGUUUUAUAUCACAUUAUGUCACCGUUUGAUGAAACAACGAGGCGAGGUGGCUGAUGAAACCGACUCUCUCCUCAAGGCAUGCUGGUCGCUAGCCGAGAUGCUCUUCAGCCUGAGACAGAACAAGCGUGAUAACAAGUCUCCGGACGAGGAACUUCUCGGGUCAGCCGUACAGGCUUGCUGGGAACUCUGCGACAUCUUCCGGGACGGUUGGACCCGGGUGAGACCGGAUCGGAACACCCCCCGACCGAGUCAGACCAGCUUUUUCCCCAGCGAUCAAACCAACGGCCGCGAGAGCCGCUCCUCGAACCGCUCCAUGCACUCCAAACGGGAGAGUCACAAGAGCCUAGGCCUGGCGGAAGAGCGGCCCCGCAACAAACCGCCUCCCGUCCCCGAGACCCCCGUCACCGAGUUCGAAGACACGCCCAUCUCUCCAGAGAGCGAGUCGCCCAAGGUCCCCAAUAUCCUCGUCCUCGGGACCACAUCCGACUCGGGCCGUGGUGGCCGUUGGUCCAGCAGUGCCUCCAACCUCUCCUCCUACUCGCAAUCCAGCGCCAAAACGUCCAGUACCGCCACCGCUGCAACGGCCGGCGACGACAUCAACGUUACCCGCGUCAAGGCCCUCAUGCUCAAAGCCGCCAUGAACGUCGGCUUCGUUCGCGACCAGGCCAACGACGGCAAGGCCGGCAUGGCCUCCCUCCAUGCGUUUGUAAAGCAGCUCCCCGCUGGUUCUUUCGGGAACUCGGCGGCGAACACGGCCUUGCUUCAAACCUACCGCAACGUAGUCCUGGGGGAUGCGGCGUUCAGGAGCCCAUCGUCCAUCUUACCGGCCAGGGGCAAGCGUGUGUUUGCCCAGGAUGUGGCUAAGAGUGUCAAUUUCAUGGUCCACCGAUCCGCCCAUUACGCCUUUCUAAGAGACUUGUUUAGGCUCGUCUUUGGGUUCCCUAUUGAAGAAUCCGAAACAAGGAAGAAUGUGGGCAUCGCCAUCUAG